AUGGCAACAAUAGACCACGCCUACUACCCCGACAUCAUCGACAAGAUCAUCCUCAAUGCCCCGCCUGAGACGCUGACCCUCUUCCGCGCCACCUCGCGCGCCUUCCGCGACCGCAUCGACGCGCUGCUCGCCCACGUCCAGAUGCGGCGCAAGAUUGCGCCCGACAGCAGGUCGACCAUGUACUUCACGAGCCGGCUCGACCCGUCGCGGCACCUCCCGUUCAUCCCUGCUGUGGUACGCGUGCUCGAAUUGUCCAGCGACUAUGACCCGGGCACGCGGGAGCCCGAGCGCAUGGUCGCGCAGUUCACACGCCUGCACACUCUGCGGCGUCUCCUCGUCCGCGGUGCACCGUGCCCGCGCGCGCCGGUCGUGGUCGACAUCCUCCGCCUCACAGGGAACACUGGCAGCGAGGUUGCGUGCCACACCUCCUCUCUGACAAGGCGGCACGUCAUCCACGCCGUCAUGGAGAGCGUGUCCCUCGGCGUCCAUCUCGAAUUCGAGCGCGAUAAGCGCAGCCCGUGGCUCAACCCCAAAGAUACCCCGCCGCGCGACUAUGUCCUCGUGUACCACUUCAUCGACGGCAUCCAGGACAACCUGCACACCUCCAUGACGGCGAUCAACUUUGUAAUCGACCUUUGCUACCUCGUGUGUGAUGCCGGCGGGAGCAUGACGGUCGUCGGGGCCGAGAGCCGGCUCAUGCCUGGCCUCGUGAGGCAGAUAGGGCACGUGGUGAAUACCAUUGCCCGCGACGCCAUGUCCGAUUUCGACGCGUCAGAGCUUCCUACUGUCAGGUUUCUGGGCCUCGACGACUGGCGAGCCGAGCUGGGUGAUAGGUGCGAGCUUGAGGGGUAUCCCGAGCUCUAA